GCACAUGUGGCGGAUCGAUUCCGAUAAGAGAACCCUCUCGCAUUUCCACUUGAAGCACCAGACAGACAACUUGGCGCGGGUGGCUGCUUUGUGGUUCGGUGAGUUUAAGGACAAAUUUCGAGACGGUGGCCUGAAUCCAUCAAUCAACGUAUCAUCUGCGGCUCAAAGAAUCAAGGAACUUCAGUGCAAGCCAUUUGUCUACUUCUUACACCGCUUCCGCAAGCUGUAUCGCAAGGGAGGUGUUUUGCCGGAUAAUGUCUUCAAAUUGCGCCUCAAGGGCUCUGGCAAGUGCAUUUCAAGGAGUGGCAGCAGUUUGCGUUUGGCAGAGUGCAAAGUCGCAACAAAGUUGCACUUUGCCAACUGGGUUCCUCCUGGUUUUCCUCACCCAGACGAGUUCAAUGUAAAUGAGACACCCGGUCAUGAGGUACAGUGUGGUGCGCACACUGCGAGAAGCUGUGCUGAAUGCCCUCGUGGGCAUGGAGAAGGCUACUGUAACAAUGACUGCAGGUGGCUCUUUGGUGAUUGCAUUCCCAGGGCGCCUGCAAGAGCACCUUUGCCACCUCCAGCAGAUAUGUUCUCUGGAAUCCGGUUGUGGAAUGCGAUAGAGUGCUUUGAUCGUUUAGACCCAACUGGGCCAAUUCUAUACUUUUGCGACCUUGCCGGAAGCAAUCAGAAUCAGCAGUACUUCUUGGACCAAAGAGGGCGUCUCCGACAUUCCUCUGGCAAUUGUGUCUCUGCAGAUCCUGCGCAGCAGAAGCUGCGCUCAAGUCAAUGUCAGGAUGCUUCCGAAUGGGAGAAGGUGGAGGGCUUCACUCCAGUUGAGACGACCCGAUAUUUUGCCUCUGUUCGCGAGCAUGGCUUAACAGAUCAUGGCCCUGAUAGCUAGUCAGCUAGUCAAGGCUUUGGAGAUCUUUGGAGACGAGGAAUGGAAUUGAAUGGAAUUGAAGUGUUUGCGAUGCAGAAUGGUCGAAAUUGGUUGAAAUUGGUCGAAGGUGGAUGCAGGAAUGUGGCAUGCGAGAAAGCCCCGCAGAUCCAACAGACAUUGUCCCGCAGAGAAGCUGAUGUACCGGCGAUGGAUGUGAUGGGAUUUGGUGGGCGAGACCCAAGCUCAGCUUUUUGCACUGAGAAAGAUACAGUCGAUGAAGUGCCUGCCGUCUCGAUCUUCUUUGAGCUCAAACAGCUGUACACACCUAUAAUUGCUUUGAUCUUCCCUCGAUCGAGUUGCGUUGAGAUGUUGUACAGCACUUGCGGAAA